CCUCAUUCACAGUAAGUCUGUUUGAGAUAGAGCACAACGAGUCAACAGAAAAACACAGCAGUUUGUCAUCAGCGAUUGUGUCUGUGAACCGAGGAGAGCUGCCCAUUCCUGCACUGAGAUACUAAUUCCGACCACAUACCUUGCCUGAGAUUAAGACACUGAUAACUCGCCCUUGCUGAGGGUGUGUUGAAAUAACAGCCAGAGAAAGCCUCUUGUGUUGGAAGGACUGGACUUGGGAUCUUGUACAAGCAAAUGGACAGUGGAUUACCUGAGCCAAGCUGGGGGGUCGAAAGAAGUGAAGGUUCACGUUGCUGCGGUCGCACAGAUGGACUUCAUUAGUAAGAACUUUGUGUAUAGAACAUUACCAUUUAACAAGCUGGUCCAGAGAGCAGCCGAAGAAACGCAUAAAGAAUUCUUUAUUUCAGAGGAUGAGAAAUACUACUUACGGUCACUUGGAGAAGACCCGAGGAAGGAUGUUGCAGAUAUCAGACAGCAGUUUCCAUCAUUAGGAGGAGAUAUUAAGUUUCCAAUAUUCUUUGAAGAGGAGCAGUUCUUUUCCAGUGUUUUUCGAAUUAGUUCACCUGGAUUGCAACUCUGGACUCACUAUGAUGUAAUGGAUAACUUUUUAAUACAAGUAACAGGAAAGAAGCGAGUUACACUGUUCAGUCCUCGAGAUGCACACUAUUUGUAUUUAUCAGGUUCUAAAUCAGAAGUGCUGAAUAUUGACAGCCCAGACCUGGAUAAAUACCCACUCUUUGCUAAGGCGAGGAGGUAUGAGUGUUUCCUUGAGGCUGGUGAUGCUCUGUUCAUUCCUGCUUUAUGGUUCCAUAAUGUAAUUUCUGAAGAGUUUGGCGUGGGUGUGAACGUCUUUUGGAAGCACCUUCCAUCGGAAUGCUAUGACAAAACAGAUACCUAUGGCAACAAAGACCCUGUAGCAGCAUCCAGAGCUGUGCAGAUCUUGGACAGAGCUUUGAAAACACUGGCUGAACUACCAGAGGAAUACAGGGACUUCUAUGCACGCCAAAUGGUCUUACGUAUUCAAGACAAAGCCUACAGCAAGAACUUUGAGUAAAAAAAAUGAACUAAAUGUAGUAAAAAUUUAAAAAUAAAAAUCAGCUUAAGUAUUUGAAAACUAUAACAAGAUAUAAACAUUUAAAGAUGUUUUUUAAAAAUAGGAUAAAUCAGUCUCAGAUUUAUUGUAUAAAAGGAGAUACAUAUCUGAUUUCUACUUGGUUCAGAUUGAGAAUGCUUAGUAGACCCAUUCUUUAGCUCUAAGAUGUAAAUAACUAAAAUUCUGACAAUAAAAAUAUGUAUUGAAUCACACUA